AUGGCUGCAGUCAAUAUGCAGGUCAUGUCAUCUAAUAUCCCCCUUGACUUUUUACCGGUGCAUACCUCUCAUUCCCGCUCUAAUUCGGUCUCAUCCUCCUCGACCCACUCAUCCAACUCACGACCCCAAUCUUCCCAGGGGGGGCUCACACGCAUGCAGGCGCUGCCCACAGAAGACCUCUAUCGUUCUUCCUACCAUCUCGGCGCACCCCACCACAACUCAGCCAUCCACAGCGACCACUCCCCCCCAAAUCACAAUAUCUCAAAUCCAGCUCUGAAGGGCCUCCAGCGCCACUCGCACCAGCGUGCUCGCGUGGCGGCUUCGCCGUACCCAAGGGACACCGACAGCGUGCACUCAUCGUCCAGCGAGACUGAAGACAUCUCGAUGUAUCUAGGAGCCAAUCCUGGCUCCGAUUAUCACAACAACAUGUAUAUUGGGGCUCACACGAUGGCACCCAGCCAAGAGGCCAUGAACGCCGCUGGGGCCUUCGGGAGGAUGUCGAUCAACUCGGAUGCCGCUCUCGAAAAGCUGGCAGCCAACGUUAGAGCUGCUACCACCACUAGUGCGUCGGACAGGGCGAAGCAAAUUUUUGUACAAGCAUGGCUCACGGCGAACUACGCUCCUUACCCUGAUGGAAACGUCCCCCGCCAGGGCCUGUACUUCUCGUACAGGAGAAUUUGCGACCAGUACUCGAUUCCACACAUCAACACCGCUACCCUGGGAAAGGCCAUCCGUUUGUGUUUUCCAACGAUCAAAACACGAAGGCUAGGUGUCAGAGGGAAUAGCAAAUAUCAUUAUUGUGGUAUUCGUCCCGCUACAGCGGCGGAAGCCGAAUGGCUGCAAGACUAUAUCCAAAAGUCAAACAACAACGCUGGUCAAGCAUCUAUCAAUGCCGCCCGUUCUGCCCAGGACCAAGGUGAAACAGCAAACAAGAGCGAAGACGACGACGAUGAAGAUUCAGAAGGUGCUUCGUCAUCAAUGCCCUCCAAGCGGAAUUCAUUGAUCAUAAAUGGAGAUGUGAAACCUGUUUUCCCGAACGACCUAAGCGACAAGACCCCGACUGCCGGAACGAUACUUUCGCAGCAAGCCACUCAACGACCCCCGUCUUCGUACCCUCCUCAAGCAUCUAUCCGUAGGUUACCAACACAGGAUGGUGGGCUUUCUGCUCAAGGUCCUUCAGCUCCCAGCCACCCGGUCACAUAUCUGUCAUCGUCUCAGCAUCUAUCUGUCCGCCAACUCCCGACUUUCCCUUCCAUUGAUGAAGCCAUCGGUUCAAACUCCACAUCACAUCAUAGUAUGGCGGCUAGGGAGGUCUGGAACUGGUUUCAGGACCAUCUCGAUGCCCUCCUGGAUAGUAUUCGGACAUACAGAUGCGAUCAGUUUGAGAUGCACAUCAGGACUUUCUGGUCGAGCUUGGAAGGUAGCCAUCGGGAGGUAGUUCACGCACCUGCCAUCGCGGGUCUGAUGGCCAAGGCAGAUGCGAUUGUCUACGACGAAAUUUUGGAGUUCUUGAGGUCUCAGAUGCUUUCAUCCAUCUCCUCGGCGUCUAUGCAGAGCCUCCGUCAGCUCGCGAACAAGAUGGAAAAGAUCCUGCUUGCCGCCCUCCAGAAUUACGGCAACACCUUUGUUGAGCCUAAGAUUGAACUUGGGGCACGAUUCGGUCACCUCGUUUUGCGCUACUUGGACAUCUAUCAAGUCAUUCAAGCCCUCACGACGGUUCUCACUACCCAGAAGCAACUAACAGAGAUGCGACGCUCUUGGACCAAAAUUGAUUUCGAGUCCGUCCGCAAUCAAUCAGCCCUGGUGUGUAACUGCCGGCACGAAGAUCUCGUUCAACUGCUGGAGGUCGAAUUCGUUUCACUGCUGGAUCUCCUAUCGAAGAGUCCUGAACCGGUGAAAGAAGUCAUGUUGUGGGCGGAUAAGUGCUGUGAUAGAUUGAUGGGUGGGAAUAGGGGAAGCCCUGAAGAGCGAGGUACGAUGAGCUCCCGCAGUGUCCUCAUUCGUUGGGGAUAUGUGACAAGCCAAAUCAUGCGAGACUUGACCAUUAGAAGCGACCCAGCCUUUGGCGCCUUCCAAAUCUUCAAACUAUUUUUGGACGAUUGGAUCGCCGUCAGCGUGCUUCGAAGUGUGGCACUUUCCACCAACGUGGUCGCAGCGUCCGUGGAGCCGGUCAUGCAACAGCAAUACUUCUCCAUGUCGCCAAUGGCUGGCCAAGAAAGCUUUGGAUCGAUGGAUGUCAGACCGAGCAUCAUGACACCCACGACAUCAAGCAUGCUGGCCGCCCUUCAAAGCGACUCUUUCCCCGGAUCCCUAGACGCAACAGGCUCCGGCUUCGAUUCAGGAUAUGGCUCUUUGUCGUCGUACAUGGAUCCUGUCGCACCGCAGGACGAUUCUAUACCUUCUGUUCACCAGCAGGGUCUUUCUUUCCCCGAUUUCUCGGGCGGGCAGACGUCCUUCGACGUCACUACUUUCACUCCACAAGAUUUGGGCAUUGGCACAACCCACUCAACACCUGCCAGCGAACCGGCGCAACUCGAACCAGAGCCGGGCAAAACCGAUCAGCAUCCACAGACAGCGGCAUAA